AUGGAUUCCUUCACCUUUUCCUUCAUCAGUUUUAUUAAUUAGAGAUAAAGAGCUGAUGCCUUAGGACAACCUUAAAGAGAAAUAUCUUAAUGGUUUAGACUAAACUCUGGCAUCUUCAAGAAAUGGGCAUUCUCCAUUAUUUACAUGGGAUUAUUUAAUGACUAAGAAUUUAUAAGAUCAUGUUGA